CAAGAAUUGAAUUUUAAUUGAGAACACUAUAAAUAAGAAAGUAUACAGUUUUCCCCAGGACAGUUGUGCUCAAAGGAAGUAAGUCAUCAUGGCAGAUGCAUUAGUCCUUAGGCCCAAAGGCAUCCCGACAAUAUUUGGAAAUCUUGAAGAGAAGAGUAUAACCUUUCUUGUGGAUGCUUCAGGAAGCAUGUAUCCUUAUCUGGAGAUUGUUAAGGAGCAUCUGAUAGAGGUUCUUCUGGCAAGGUCUUUCAAGCAGAAUGAUACAAUGUUCAACAUCAUGGAGUUUUCCUCAGAGGUGAUCCCAUGGGCGGACCGCAUGGUGAAAUGCACCCCCCAGACCGUCACGGUCGCCGGGGAAUGGGUGAAGAAUUUGGGAUGCAAGACGGGAACCAACACCUUGGAUGCCCUUCUAGCUGGAUUUGCAGAUCCGGCUUGUGAGGCUGUUCAUCUGGUGACCGACGGACUUCCGGAUCAGAUACCAGAGGAGAUCCUGCAGCACGUUGCAGUGGCUAGUGAGGGUCGUCCGGUCCAUGCGAUUUACCUCAGUGGUGGAAUAGCUGACGUACCAGCUUGCGACUUCCUCGCCAGUCUUGCAACGGAAACCGCUGGAACCUUCCAGUCAAUCAAACUGUCUCACAAGGGUUCCAUAGAAGAAGUCAAAAUUGUUGUUCGUUCAGACCACGCUGUGAGGCGCAUCUCACGUUCCCCACCAACAACUCUUGACAACCCACCAAUGAAGAGCUUCAAAGUUUACGAUGUGUCGACAGGGAAAGGCAUUCCUUCAACCAGCAUCAAGACAACUCUCCAGAAUCUUCCGAGAUCCAACACCAUUACCUACAUCAAUGAAUCCGAUGACACUUCCACAAAAAUGUGCAGUGUGACAACCUCGCUAGACCACGAUCCAAUCGACCAGAAACUCAUCUCAGUAGAUGACGUUCCGACAAGGGUGAUUCGGACAGAUAAUGUUCAGCUGCGUUACCCAGACCUUACCUGGGAGACACACCGUCCAACGGCGAGACUCGUACGAAGGAUGAUUGCAAAUGCCGACAAGACCUCAGUGACUGGAGGUGUUCUCUUGCAAGGCAUGAGGGUCUUGGCCAGACGAGAUAAAGAUGGCUACUAUUGCUUGGGAUUUGUUAAGCAACAGAUCACAGCCAACCACACCUUCCUGAUCGAGUUUGACAAAGAGCCAAGCUCCAAAGCACAGCCGCAGCUUCAAGAAACGGCAAUCUACGACAUCAUCUCAUACAAUGAUGCUUCCAGACACUCCAUCGCUGCAGGGGACAAGGUCCUGGCACCUCAAGGGAAGUUGCAGUACCGCUACGCCCCAGGGACGGUACUAGAAGGACUUGAAGGGAGAUCAUCUGGAUGUGCUGCAGAUACUGAAAGUCUCGUUGUCAGUUUCUUCGACGGGAAAACAGAGAAGAUUUUGAAGCAGGCAUCCAUCUGGAUUCCACCCCAGCUCUACGAGAGAGUCAAACUGGAGAUACAGAUGCCCAUCACAGCUAGGCAAUACCUUGUCAAUAAUCCUAACUACCCCAUCAUGCUGCCUCCGGGAUAUAGCUCCAGAACGGGGGUGGGUACUGGGUACCUCGCGAAAACGUCAGCAGCUCAGGAAACAGGAUACCUGAUGGGUGGUUAUGACUCCACGUUCGAAGCCACUGAUAAGUACCCAGUCUAUGUUCCUGUGUACCCCGGAGAUUCUGCAGCAUUUGGAUUCAGGAUGCCAUCGGUACGGGAGAGCGUUGUUAAGAGCGAGGAUGUACACCGGCUUAUUCCAGGUACCAGCCUUACCAAAGAGGAUCUGAAUCGCAAGGUGAUGCAGCAGCUUAUGGACAACAAGAUGAUCCCAACGAUGCCCGGGGUUGCCAGGGCAACAGCAGAGGAGAGACAGAAGAGGGCAUCCCCACUGCAAUCAGGGAUCCUGCGUAAGAGUGUUUCCUUCCGGAAGGAGGAAGGAGAGAUGGACUCCGGUAUUGGGUCUUACACAGCUGCGUCGGCAGUAGCCAAUGAAUCACAGUCAGAACCAGAAUCGGAGGAUGAAGAUGACAACCUCAUUGAGAGUGGCACUCAAACGUUAUCACUUAGGGACUCUGGUGUUGGCACAGACUACAGCCUCUUGUACAACUACCGGCCUGAUAGUUCUCUGGAUGAGCGCCCGCCUUGGCAGUACUGGAACCCCAAGUCCAAAUCGUCUCGCCCCUCAUCUCACAAGAGCUCCAAAGCCAAAGCUUUUCGCGAGACGGUCCUGAGCGCACCUGCGGAAGCCAGGGUACAGCCGAUCUCAGCUGAGCCCAUCACUGCGUUUUCUCAGUCCCAGCGUCAGGCCUUGUUGGAUGCAAUUGACCAGGACAUCAAGACUGACCGCGCCCAGUUGGAAUGGAUACAGAGGCACCCCCAUCCACCCCUCCGGCCCCCCUACGACCCCGAGGUAGACAUGGGACCGGUCAACCGGAGUGGCGCUUUCAACACGGUCAGCAACCAGAUCAAGAGUGACCGGGCCCAAUUGGAGUGGAUCCAGAAACAUCCUCAACCACCUAACGGUGCCAUGAGGUAUCAUGGGGUCCCAGCUCAUCGCAAGAUUGGUAGCCGUGAUAUCGUACGAGAAGCUAAGGAAAAGGCCUACCUGGAAUACAGACGAAAUCAAGUGAUGCAUAUGGAGGCCCAUUUUUCUCAAAUGGAGAUGGAUGCAAGAAAAAUGAAGGAAGCGAAAGAAGACCGUUGCAGUGCAUCCGUGGCUGUCGAGGAGUCCCUUACAAUGCGAUAUGACACCUCCAACCUCACACAAGUUAGAGAUACUCUUACCUCAGACCAGAUCCCCGUAUCUGAAAUAGCUUAUUCAGAUAAUCCAAAAACAACAAAUAACACACUGCCUACAACAACUCAAUCCUAUAUCACUGAUGGAUCACGGCCACUCAGAAAAACACAAGAAAAGCUUACUAUUCGUGAUGUGGUGUUUGGCGAGAGAAAGACCUUGACGCCCCCUCCUGCCCCCAAACAAGAAAUUGAACAGCCAAUCUCGGGGAAGAACGAUUCACCAAGGGGGCGGAUCGUUUUUAAUCCUUACGUCUUGAAUAAGUCCUUCUCUUUCACACCAAAAACGUCUUGGCAAGUAGGGGACAGAGCUGCACCCCACAAUGGGAACGUGCUUUCAAUCCAAAGUGACAGUGGUCAAAAUUUUAAAACUGCAGGGGUGAAAUCCCUGCAGGCGAUGUCCCAACACCAACAGAAAACUAAAACGGGAGAGAGAGCCAUGGUCAAGGUGACCAAGUCCACCAUGGACAAAAUGAUCAAUAAGGAUUUAGAGAACUCGCUAAUUGCAUUUGUCAAUGAAAAUUAUCACUCUGGCGUUAACACAGAAGAGAUGUUGCAGCACAUGCAACAGAUGCUGAUGAAUUCAUCUCAGGGUCCGAAACAAGUUCCUCAAACGAGACCUUCAAAUUUGCAGUCUAGAAAAGGGGGCAGGGAAAGAGUCCAACACAAAACCGCUGUCAGAACAGCUCAGUCUUCAAAAGAAAUCUCCAGGUCAUCGACAGCACAAAAUGUUGUUACUGAAACAAAUUUCUCAGAACACAGGCCACACCAACAGCAGUUUUUCGUUGAGAAACCUCUUACUCACUAUGGCGGCAUCGACAGGCAAAACCCUAGAAUUAUCCAAAACUCAGUCACUAACAAUUCAACCACUGCUCAACACAGCUCAUCAGAAACCCAAAAGCAAGUGUGUCAAAAAUCAGUCACUCAAAACUCAUUCGGCAACAGUUCAGGAAAGACCCAAACUCAAACUGUUAGAGUAGUAGAAAACUCACAGGUGUGCACGGAGGUCAAAUCGCAGACGGCGACAGAAACGAUAACCAAAAUGGCUACCUCCGCCAUCCCUAAACAACUGCCUCAUCAGAGAUUUGCUGCUGACGUGACCAGGCGUGACGUCCAACGCCAGCGAGACAGUGAGGAUAAACUACGUAGCAUCCAGGAUGCCAAGCGAUCGGUCAGCUCCAGUAUCGCCAGGCAGCAGCAGGAGAGGUCAAACCGAGAGGCGGACCGAGAGGCAGCCAGGGUGGAGGCCCUGAGACAGCGUACCCAGAGGCGGGAGGACAUUGCCUCACAGAGGGAGAAAGAAAUCCAAGAUGCUAUCACACGCAGACAGGACAUCAAGCAGCAGAGACAAGACGACCUGGCGAGGCGUCACGUCCAGAAACUCUCGGAGCAAAAUGAACAAGGGGCCGCACGGGAAGCGCAGAAGCGGAACGAGGAGAUCCGAAGACGAGAAUACUUCUACAACAAGGAGCAGAAGAACCAAGACGCCAAGGAUCUGCGGCUGGCCGUCCGAGAACAGAAGCAGCAUGACUUGCGCUCUCAGGUCCUGCCAUGAGACAGUGAGAACUGCCUACCCAGUGUGCUGCACCUGUUGUUAAAAGAAAUGUAGCAGAACCAUUUUCUAUGGGCUCCGUGCAGAAGUACCCCCUCAGCGGUAAGAAAGGGAGAGUUGGGGGAGACCACUGGGAGAGACAUUCGAACGCAUUGCCCAAGACGCUUGACGCUCACGCGAAGACGCCAUGGGUUUGUGCAUAUUGACAAUGAAAUUAGUUGUCCGUACCUUGAGCUGUACCCACACCGCAACCUGUAUGCGCACAGCGUAUGUCCCGUCCAAGGGCUCUCGAAAGUGGUGAAAAGCGCCCUCUCUCGCUCACGCACUUAGCCAAUGGAACAAUAUUGGUAAUGAUAUCAGGGUCACAAUAUGAUAUGCACCAUGAUGCAUAUCAUAUAAGUCAUGGUAAUUAGGGCAGCGUUUCGAUUGGUACGCUCCAGUGUUGUAGUCAAGCAAGGGCGGAUCCAGAACACAAUUUUUGGGGAGGCCAACAAUUUUUUUGGUCCCCCCUAAAGGGGGUCCAAAAAAUUUGUUACCAGAUGCUCUCUGGUAUGAUCUGAGGCAAUUUCUGACCACUGUAACCAAUUUUUUUGAGGAAAAGAUGGUGGUUUACGCAGUG